UGUGAUGUGUGGUAUUUGCCAUUCCACUGUAUCUGCUGCUCUAAGUUUCCUUUUCUCUUAUCUUACUCAAGUAAUAUUUUGAUGGAUGUGUCUUUUUCUGAGCGCUACACUGGCCGGAUGUUAAUCGACCCAGUGAACCUGUGAGUGAAACGCUCAUCCGAACUGUGUGGCUCCACCUUAAGAAGGCGCGCUCGCCUGCGCCCACGUGACUGGCGGUUCCUGGAAAGUUCUGGGAAACUGAUCUUUUGUGCUCGACUCGGUUUGGGUUAAACGGAGAUUACGCUCGCGCGCACACACACACAUAUACACACACAUACACACGAACACACACGCGCGCGCGAAGAGGACACAGCCGCUGGAGGUCUGACAGGUUCAGCCGCAGGCUUUAUGGCUCCUCGCCGGCCGGGUGCUCCUGCAGGAGGGCUGUAAUGUGGCCACAUGCCGGGCUGCUCCCUCACACACAUAUAUACACACACACGCGUGCGCGCGCAGGGGAUGUAAAGGCUGAGAAGGAGGAGGAGGCAGAAACACGGGCUGGUGGCGCUUUGUUUACCCUCGGCGUGGCAGCUAACAAGGCAAAAACACCGGUGCCAAACACAACGGAGGAGUAGCAGGGGCGAAAGGGCGAGAGGCUAUCGGUGUAUCUGCGACCCCCCCCGCCAGAUUUACCCUCCCCGUUUAGCCCCCUGUGUCAGUAUGUGGGGCUCCUGAUGACACGGCGAGGUGCGCCGGCGGCAGCAGGGCGCUGAGGGAGCCGGAGGAGCCGAGGAGUCUGACAUGGACAGAUUUAGCGCUAAAGCGAAAGUAUCUGAAGUGGCUGGAGCUGUUUGUUAAUUUCUGGCAAGAUAAAGGAGGUCAGUGCACUCAUUCAUAAUCCUCAGUGCCAGAGGACUGUAGACAGUCUGGCUCAUCUCUGAAGGACAGAUUUAGCUGGAUGUGUUUUGGGUUUCUCCAAUGACCUGCCACUCCUCUGAGAACACGGAGAGCAUCGCGGAUGAGAGGAGAGCAGAGUUGGAGAGGAGGAGAGCAGAGCCGGAGAGGAGGAGAACAGAGCCUGGGCACACAGAGCAGAGUGCCAUCGCCACAGCCAUGAGAGACCUGAAAAACACCGGCUGGUACUGGGGCCGCCUGACAGCCAAUGAAGCCAAAGAGAUCCUUCAGGAUGCAUCAGAGGGGACAUUCCUAGUCCGGGACAGCUCCCAAAGAGACUACCUCUUUACCAUUUCUGCUAUGACAUCUGCUGGACCCACUAACCUGCGCAUUGAGUACAAAGAAGGCAAGUUCAAGCUGGACUCAGUGGUGCUGGUCAAGCCUAAACUCAAGCAGUUUGACAGCGUGGUCCAUCUGGUGGAGCAUUACGUUCAGCUGUCCCGGACUUCCUGUAAGAGCGGGUCUGCUCCACUGGCCCCAUCCAAUGGUACAGUGCAGCUCCUUCUGACGACCCCUGUGUACACAGCCAUACCCUCUCUUCAGCAUUUGUGCCGCAUUGCCAUCAAUAAAACCACACGAAAGGUGCAGGAGCUCCCACUGCCAAACAGACUGAAGGACUACCUGACGGACUAUGCCUACAAUGUAUAGAGCCCAAAGAACUACAGUGACCGUAGAUGUUCUGUGAACUACACGCCCUCUACGAAGGGCCCUACCAGGCACUAGGGAUCUGAGAAACCACCCAAGGUAUCUAUUAACCAGUAUAUUAGGGCCUUGAGAAUCACAAAAGGGUCGUUGAGAAAAGACUAGAGGUUCUACAGACUUUGUUCAUUGAGUUUAUGUUUUAUGUGUAGGAUACACUGGUCUACACAGACUGCUGUGGGAACACCCCCCCAAUCAAGUUAUAUUGUAUGCCUUGAGGUGUGGUCAGGCACUUCUGUUGAUGCGUCCAGCAUCAGAGAUACUUAGUCUCCUGUGUUUGUAACAUGGAUGUCCAACACUGUGUUUCACUUCUGCAUUUAAUGAUGUGCUAAUUUGUUCACCUUUGGGUGUGUAUACAUAUAUAUAUAAAUAUAUAUAUGCAUAUGUGUGUGUAUAUAUAUAUAUAUAUACACACACACACACACACACAUAUAUAUAUAUAUAUAUAUAUGUAUAUACACACACAUAUAUGUAUGUAUGUAUAUAUAUAUAUAUAUAUACGUAUGUAUGUAUUUUUUUACUGUAAUCAUUGAAGACACUAUUAUUUUCUGUCUCAGAGGCAUUGUAAUGUAAAAGACUUCAUGAAAUGAACUACAAGCAAUACUCAGAGGCUCUAAAUUUAAUUAGCAUUAAAAAAUACAUUUCUUUCACAGCAUUUCUUUCACCUCCUUCUUCCUAGUUUGAAAUCACAUUUUUCAUUUCAGAGACUAAAUUACCUGUGCCCCCUUUUAAAUCACAAAUCACAGAUUUAAAACUCGUUGACAUCCAGUAUUUUAUGUGUUCCCCCUGAUAAUUGGCUACUGAUCAGCCUCUUUAAUUGUAAUGGAGAAUACAGUUCUUGCUUUUUUCCUCUCAGUAUGUAUGAUUGUGUUUCUGGAGAGACAGGGAGAUUUCCAGUACAGCACUCCCUAGUUUCACCAGCUUUCUAUUUAUCACUGGUGUUGAAUUGCUUUGGCCUCCACACAUGACAGUAGGUAGAAAUGACCUUUUUGUGUUGAUCUGCUGCCACCUGAACUCAAAUUCUGACCUUAGUGAUUGCUAGAGAAACCCCAAAGCCCAGAUUAACAGAAAACGGCAACUUCUACCUCCCAUGUUAGGACUCCCAGGGCUUUUUCAUCAACUUGGUUUCUAUGAAAAGGUCUAAGUGGAAGACCACGUUUGUGUCUCUAGGAACUGAGUCAUACAUUAGUGCAUCGCAUCACAUGAACAGUUUGCUCUUUGAGCCUCUCGGCCACAUCAGUCUUGAAGAAUUCAACUAACAUGAUACUGUUGUAUACGAUGGUGCUGAUUUACAAGUAAAUGUUUUCUUUUUCUCAUGAAGUGACGAAUAAAAGGAAAAACCUUUAGCUUCA